UAUAAACUGAAUAUCAUGAAGCGGGAUCACCAAAAAUAUAUCCGGGAGUGCUUAGCCCAGGCUAUUUUCCAUAAGGUUCUGGAUAUGGAGCGUUACCAUCAGCUUGAAAUAAAAAGGAAACUGGAGACUUUAGCUAGGAAGGAGCGAAUCCAGAGAUUUAAGGGAGAAGACACAAGACGAUUUCUUGACAGUAACAUGCCAGUCCUGUCUCCCCAUCCCCCAGUAGGCCCAAAGACAAGUCGCGGCCAUACUGUUUUGUUUGAUGAAGGAAAAUCCAGUCCAUUAACACUGACAACCCCUCGACCAUAUAGCCCAGGACAUAUGCAGCCUCCAAUUCGAUUAGAGCCUCUUCCCAGUAAUCACACACUGAGAACUGGUCCAAAGAUAACUUCGGGGUCCAGAUCAAAAACCUCACUGAUGGAAAAUGAAGUUCCGUUUCCCAUUGGGGGCAAGAAGGCAAUGAUGAAGUUCAGAAACUCCAUGGGCAAUUCACAGAAAACGAAUCUAUAUCAAUUUCCAAACAUUGACAGUUACGUGAUACCUAUGAUACCUUCACCUCCUCCCCCAAAGGUCACGAAGGAAAAUCGAUCUGAAACAUGGAAAAGGAGGAGAGUUCGUCCUAUCACUGCUCCAAAUGGCUUAGAACCUCUCUUUACUGGGGAUUCAGGAAGGAUUCAUAAAACAUCACUGCAUAGUAAUGCAGCUAUUACAAUGAUCUAUUUGGGGAAAAAUGUGCACCUAUCUUAUGAAGACACAGACUUCCGAGAUGAAAUAAUAGUUUAUCAACAGCACUGUGGUGGGGAAAACCUAUGUGUCUACAAAGGCAAACUACUUGAAAAAGAAACCUUUCAGUUUGUUUCCAAACGACAUCAUGGGUUUCCCUUCAGCCUCACCUUUUUCUUGAAUGGGAUGCAGGUGAACAGGUUAAGCUCCUGUUGUGAAUACAAGCAUCGGAACGGAUCCAGACUUGGAGGCAAAAGAGGCUACUUCGGGUUUGUGUGUGUGGAGAAAUCAUCUCCUUGCUACAAGUGCAUUAUCGCAAUGGGUCUUGACAAAAAAAUAACUUCAACGAAAUAUAGGAAAGAAAAGAGCGCUGAGAAGAGAGAGGAACAGAGGAGGGGUGAGGAAAGACGGUGGAAGGAAAGAGAGAACAUGAUAUCAAAAAGAAGUGAGAUUGAAGGGAAGAAAACCUCAGUCUCAGACAUUUUUUCAGCUCAAGAAAUACAACCAGGGAUCAGAGAAGUGAGAACUGCAGUGGAAGAAAUUGAACAGAAAGGAAAACUAGAACAGGAUGUUUGGGAAGACAACCAGGAAAAGACUUUUAAAUAUGAAUAUGAAGAAGAUUUUGAAGCAGAUGAAGAGAAACAAGAUAAAGAAGCUAAUGAAGAAGGACAGGGUGAUGAUCAAAUAAAUGGAAUAUCAAAGUCACCCACAGAGGAUGAAAAGGGUAAUUUAGGCCCUAUAACAGAGAGUGAGAUCUCGUCGCAGAAGGCACCAGAUGCUGGUGACAAUGUGCAAGAUGAGGGUGAUGGAUUCUCCGGGAGUGAAGGGGAAGAGGAUAAACAAGAUAUUAAAAGUGCUUCAUCAGCCUCAUCUAGAAGUCACCCCUAUUCUAGCGACAGUGAAGAUGAAUCUGCAGAGGGAGACAGUGGAGCCCACACUGAAAACAGUACAGAUGAAAGUGUUAGAAGUUCAUCUUCUCAGGAGCUGAGUGAAAAUGAUGAGCCAGGAAAAUCCCACCUUUCAAUUGAGCACUCUUUUGAAGUUGAAAUUGAAGACCAAGAAAUAACAAAAGUAAAAAUGGAGACCAAGCAUCUGUCAGCAGAGAAAAGCUAUGAGAAUGAUCUUGAAAAAGAAAUGGAGAAUGAAACCCAAGGGAUUGUAGAGAAUUUAUCUGAGAAGUCCAGGAAACAUGCUUCUGAGGAAGAAAAGGAAAAAGAUAAGAGUAAGCUUUGGGAAGAAAGCACUGCUAAGGUGAAGGACAAAGGGGCAGGUUUCCCUGGGGUGGAGGAAAGUGGACAUAAUUCAUUGCCAUCAAAAUAUGAACUGGUCCUUGGAAUACCAAGCAGAAAUUUAGUAAUGGAGGAAAGGGAAGCAGUCAAGUCAAACAAGGCAUCUCAGCAAGUCUCACAAGAAAGGUACACACUGGAAAAGAAGGAAGCAGUGGGGGAAGAUGAAGCUCCCCAACCUGAGGAUGCUGGUACAGUUGAGGAAAAGAGGGAUACAGCACUGCAAGAGAAAGCAGGGCUCACUGAGGAUUCCUUAGCAGAGCAGAUCUUCACAGCAGAGCAGCCAGCAUUAGCAGAACAGUGUAAAGAGCAAAGAGAGCUCCCUCUGGGCACAGCAAGUAGGGCAGAGACAGAAGCAGAAGGGGAUGGAAGAUCAAGUACAGAGGAGCUAAACGCAGCAAAAGUAGGAGCAAGAGACUCUGUUGGUCUGAGUGAAGAUGAGGUUCCUAAAGAGCAGGCCCUGAUGCAGGUAGUGCUGGAGACAGAGAAGGCAGCUUCUAAAGGGACAUGGGGCUGGAAGAAGUCAGUGCUUAUAAACAACUCAGCAUUGAGCUCAGAGCUUUUUCCGGAGGCAAGGUCCCUAAGACAGCCAGUGACUCCAGAGAUGAGAGAGAUGGAGAGAGGGGAGGCUGAGAGUGAGACAGGAUCCAAAAAGCCAGAUGUGGAUGAAAUUAAAGAGGACAUGGGAUCUGUGGAGGAUGCAGGAUCAGAGAGAGAGAAUGGUUCUGAAGAAGCAAAACCAGAAGAGGAACUAGCCCAAAAGAGGAAGAAAGUUCUGGAAACAGAAAGACCCUUGAGUUCCUCUGCAGGAGAGGCAGAAGCAUGCCAGAUAGAGGCUCCAAAGGGCAGCCCUGAAGAACUUUGUGAGAAAGCUGAGGCAAGGCAGGAGCUUGUGCUUGGGAAAGAAUCACAUAGGGAAGGUGAUAGGAAAGAAAUGUUACCUGAGGAAUUAAAUGUAGAAAGGAGGAAAGCUGAGAGGACUAAUACUCCUCUGUGGGAAACUGGAUCUGAGAGAGAAGAGGUGACAUGGGCAAAUGCAUGUAAGGAUGAAGACACUUUAGAAGAGCAAAAACUUAAAGGGGAAGAUGGGGAACCAGUGAAGGAAAUAAGACUUGAGGAAGAGACAAAAACCCCUCAAAAUGAAACAGUAUCAGAUGCUGAGGAUGCAGAGCCCAUAGAGACAACUGAGUUGACUGAAGAUAAAGGGCUUCUAGAAGAUCUGCUGGAAGAAAGAAUGGUUGCCAUGUCUGAAGCAACAAGUGAAUGUGAAAAGUCACUGGAACAGGUAGCACCUAUGAGGGAAGAAGGAGGGGAAAGACUGAAUGAAGCCAGUGACACAGAGCACAAAGGCAGGACAGAGCUGCUAGGCCAGGAGAACGUGACUCCCUUGGAGCAGGGGAUCGAGCCCCCCCAUGAUGAAGAAGGUGCAUCAAGAGCUUCUGGAAAUGAGUCAGCUGGCAAGGCACAGGAACCUGAGGUGACCAUCACAGCCACAGGGGAGGAUGAGGAGUGUGCGGCCAAGGACUGGAGCCUUGCAAGGCUGGAGCGGGAUGAAGGACCUCUGAAGGGACAAGAAGGCAUGAGGGUCAUGAUAAUGACCCAGGAAGAUAUUCCUAAGGGAAAUCCCAUGAUGGCAGGAAAGGUUGGUGAAGAAGCAGUGGAUAAGGAGCCAGAGAAGGACAGGGAUACAGAGUGUACUCUGGGGACAAGAGUGAGGAAGGACAGCAAUACUGAGGGAGACAAAGUUAUUGGAGGAGUAGCAGUUGAGACUGAGGAAGAUCUGCAUCAAGGAGGAGUGGCAGAAGCAGUUGCAGAGCAGAGAGAAGUGUUGGCAGAUUCAAAGACAGCUGAUAGAAAAACAGUAGCAAAUAAAGCCUCCUCCUUUUCAGAUGUUGCUGGGGAGAAAACUUGGCACCAAGAGAAAAAGGCACUAGGGAAAACAGCAGCUGUGGAGAGGGUGGUGGCAGAGGAAACAGCACUGAGCAGCAAGGAGGUGCCAGUGGUGGAGGAGGUGACAGUGACAUCAGCAGCAGAGACAGGGGUGGGAGCUCUACCAGAAGCUGAUGAUCUGAAAGGCCAGGCCCCAGAACUAGGACAGGAUCAAGAGGGAGAGGUAGUGGAGGCCACUCAGCAUGCAGGAUCAGUGGGAAAGGAAGCAGAGACAGGGAGCCCUCAUAAGAAGCAUGAGCCAGGAGGAGCUGAAGAAUUCAGACAAGGAUCAUCACCCAAGUCAGAGCUGAACAGAGAGAGUCUAGAGGCAGUGGCAGCAUGCCCUGCAAAGCCUGAUUUCUCUGGAAUCCAAGAAAAGCAGGAGCAUAUGGUACAAGGAGAAAGUGAGAAUGCAGAUAUUUCCCUGAAUGACUAAGGACUACUACAAGAUUCCAUGGCAGAUGGAUAUUUAAAAAGUGUCUUCCGGAAGACAUAAAGACUGGAGAAAGAUUCACACAAGCAGCUCAUCAGGACUUUAGAUUUUAUCUUUUAUUUAACCACUGUGCU